CCCCGCCCUGCCGGCCCUGCUGCGCGAGCCGCGUCGCCCUCGCCCUCUUCUCCCCGCCCCGCAGGCCCCGGGGACCAGGAGCGCUGGGUAUCUGGCGCCCGUGCGAGAUGACGCACAUGCGCGCGAAGACGUGGGGACGCAGGCGGGCCGUAGAGAGCGUUCAGCUGCCUAUAUAUCUUUCCCGAUUCCUAAAACCUGAUCACAUUUUCCCAAUACUGGGUUGAUAACCUAACCAUGCAGCGGAGAUCAAGGGGAAUUAACACUGGACUGAUUCUGCUACUCUCUCAAAUCUUCCAUGUUGGGAUCACCAAUAUUCCACCCGUCACCCUAGCAACUUUGGUUCUCAACAUCUGGUUCUUUUUGAAUCCUCUGAAACCGCUGUUUGAGUCCUGCCUUAGCGUGGAGAAGUGUUACCAGCAAAAAGACUGGCAGCGCUUACUGCUUUCUCCCUUUCACCAUGCAGACGACUGGCAUUUGUAUUUCAACAUGGCAUCCAUGCUGUGGAAAGGAAUAAAUCUAGAAAGAAGACUUGGAAGUAGAUGGUUUGCCUACGUCAUCGUCACAUUCUCCCUACUCACUGGAGUUGUGUACCUGUUCUUAGAAUUUGCUCUUGCAGAAUUCAUGGAUGAACCUGGCUUCAGAAGGAACUGUGCUGUAGGUUUCUCAGGAGUUUUGUUUGCUUUGAAAGUUCUUAACAACCAUUAUUGCCCUGGAGGCUUUGCCAACAUUUUGGGCUUUCCUGUACCCAACAGAUUUGCUUGUUGGGCAGAACUUGUGGCUAUUCAUUUCAUCUCACCAGGGACUUCCUUCGCUGGGCAUCUGGCCGGGAUUCUUGUUGGACUAAUGUACACUCACGGGCCUCUGAAGAAAAUCAUGAAAAAAUGUGCAGGCAUUUUUUCCUUCAAUAUGCAUUAUUACGGACAUCAGGACCACUUUAAUAGUUCAGGCUACUCCAGGUAUCAAGAUUAUUACCCAUAUGGCCAGCCAGGUUACUCUGAAGACAUACCCAGGAACUAUGAUGCAUACACAGCAGGACUGAGUGAGGAGGAACAGCUAGAGAGAGCAUUAAGAGCCAGCCUCUGGGACCGAGGCCCCAUUCUGUUGAAGGCAUCAGGUUGCUGCAGAAAAAUUCAGACACCUCUACGUCAUGCAUUCAUGCUCCCAACCUCUGCGGGCUCCUGAUGGGCAGUCAGAGUGAUGGGGGAGACUGAGAAGAGCCCAGUGAGAUCCUGUCUCCCCUUUUCCUUUUUGCUUAUCUCUUUUCCUUCUCCUCUCUAUUCUGAACCUUCCAAGCUAAAGUUAUCCAUACCCUGCAGACAAGAAGGCCUGCUGCUCCUGUCAUCAGUAGCUAGCUCCCCUGCCUACUGUAGUGAUUUCCUUCUUAAGGUCCCAGGACACACUGGAUUCCUAGUUUGUGGCUGCUUUAGCACACAGGUUAGGAACCAUGGCACCAGGCAGUUCCAUUUUACCUGACAGUAUGUAUAUGAAAUGUAAAGUUUCGUACAUUUUAUGGAGAGUGGUCCUUUCCUAUCUGUUCCGCUUCAUCUGAGUGAAAGGUUGUGUGGUAGUUGGAACGCAGAGGUUUGGGUCACCAGGGAGAGGAGAAGUAUGGCGUGCUUUCUGUGGAAGAGCAUUUUUGGGGGCGCCUGGGUGGCUCAGUUGGUUAAGCGACUGCCUUCGGCUCAGGUCAUGAUCCUGGAGUCCCGGGAUCGAGUCCCGCAUCGGGCUCCCUGCUCGGCGGGGGGUCUGCUUCCCCCUCUGCCCUCUUCCCUCUCGUGCUCUCUGUCUCUCAUUCUCUCUCUCUCAAAUAAAUAAAUAAAAAUCUUAAAAAAAAAAAAGAGCAUUUUUGUAUUGCAAAAUACAGUUUUGUGUUACCAGAAAACAGUAUGGGCUGACUCUUGAAUCACUGCAUUUAGAAUUCUUUACAAAUCAACCUAAACCACCCAAAGCCCAGUAGUUUUUAAUUUUCAGCUCAGUGAGACUAAAAAGAAACAGUUUGCUUUUGGCUACAGUGAUGCUGAAAGAAAACAAAAUGCAGCUAGUCCUUCGACAUUAAGGGAGAUAAAGUGUUUAAUAAGUGUCUUCUAGAAGAAGUGACAUCUGUAUAGAACACCUGCUGUCUUCAUUACAACUUUAAAUAAGCUGCGUCUCUGGGGGUUCGCAGGGCCCUUCUUUUGGCACACGCUGCGGUGACAAAGAUAAAUUCUAAACCCCCAGUAAUUUGCUGUUGUGUAGAGGAUGCUUUUUGGUGAGACAGUUGGGGGUGCAGAGGGGACUAAGCCCCUGACUUAGAUAACUCAGGCCAGCAAGGCCCAUUUUGAGCAUAAUUUUGACACGAUGACGGUUGUCAAGUUACAACAUUUCCUAGCCCUUGGUAGCCCUGAUGAUUUGCUAAUUAUCAUGUUAAUGUUUUCCGUAUCACAGAAACAUGUAGACCAUUCUUCUUGGUAUGUGGGCAUCUGUUCAGUGGAAUUCUGGAUUUCUUUGUAUGCUGUGAGGAAGGGACCUGAGGUGUGCCUACACUGAUGGCAUGUUUCUGCUCUGAUUUUACUCAUUAUGGUCCCCUGCAUAUAGGGACGGGUGGGUGGAUGUGAAAGAGCUUCACGGGAGAGCCUUUCUCCGGAGGAGAUUACAUUUUGGCAGAUUACAAUCGAACCAAAAAUGAUUUCCAUCAGCAAAGGUUGUGAAAAACCAUGUGGCCCCGGAAAAAUAGCAUUUAACCAGCAAUGUGGUUCAUCUUAUUAGCCCGAGGAGAAAAUAACUCCCCACCAAAUUCUACUCGAUUAUAGAUAAGAUUGUUUAAAGCCCAAAUCAAAAACAUCUGCUGUUUUUUUAGCUGCAUGAAACUAAAGCUUUGUCCCCCAAAGCAGCAGCUGUUUGUACAGAUGCUGUGUACCCUGUGUCUCUUAGACCUUGACACCGUGCGAGGGGGACAUCUUCAGAGUUAAUGAGCAAUUAGGACAUUCUUUCCUGUCAAUUACCUGGCCGAAUAAUGAGAUCAAAUGAGCGCUGUCCGUAAAAUCACCCAGACUUGUAUUUUCUAAAAAGCAUGCCUUGCUCUGCUCUUUGCAGUUCCAUGAACAGAGAAACAACUCCUUAAUGUGAAAAUAACUUAAAAAUUGCACCUACAGCAAACAGAAGACAGAGUCAUACAGAGAGGACGCCAUUCACUCGAGACUCAGAAUUCAGGGAUCUUCCUCCGGAGUAGUGACGUCAUAACAUCUGCCGUCACCUUACGUGUCAUAAAGUUCAGCAGAUGGAACACGUGGGUAGUGAGCAUCCUUUCUCAUAUGAAUGGCUGUAUCGUAUCUAAGUUGGGGGUGAUCUGGGUUAUGGACCCUAAGUUUCAAUUAGUGGGUUCCAGACCAUGGCCCAUCUAAGGAUUAUGGUUGUUCCCCUGAAAGUGAUGAGUCAUGAAGGGUUUGAACCAAGAGGGGAACAGAGAAAAUGGAUGAAGACCCCGAGCUGAGAGGAUGGCCCAUUGGAAAAACCAAGUUGUCUGGGCCUGCAAGAUAUUUUUCACGUGGAGCCCCCAAGUGGCGAGCUAGGUGGGAAUCCACUUGUGAAAGGUCCUGUACGUGGUGUUUAAGGGUUUUGUAGCUGGCCCUGGGGAUGGUGGAAGCCAGGGAGAGUUUUAAGUAGGGGAGCAAUAAGAGCAAAUACGGAUUUGAAGGUCACUGUGCUGUGUGUGAGGAUCGGGUUGCAGGGGGAGAGACGGAGUUUAAGUGAGUCCUGGCAUACCAGGCACCAUUGUAAGUGACCUGCAUCUGUGUGUAUACGUGCGUGUGCGUGUGCACGUGUUGAUCCAACAACAAUGAGGUGAGUUUUACUAUUUACCGAUUCCAGAAAAGACGAAACCAAACGGAUGCUGACUGAGGUCACACAACUAGUAGGCGGUAGAUGUGAGCCCAAACAGUCUUGGCUCCAGAGUCUCUGGACUCAGUCACUGUUACUUUCCCUCUCGUACUGUAUUGGUAGGGUUUUAAUUUUAAUUAAUAAUAAUAGUACUAGUAUUCUAUGAAAUGCUACUAGUACUUUACUAGCUUAGUGAAUUCUUUUUUUGUAUUCAUACUCAUUCCUAUUGGAAUGAAAUUUUAGAAAUUUUAGUGAAUCAGAGCUGUGUAAAUUAUUCAUCAAAAAGUUUCAGAUUAAGUUUUCCAAAGAGAGGUUAAUGUAUGUCUUCUUGGCCCACUUUAAGCUUUGUAUGGGAAUGUGUGUGGCAGAUUUCAUGGUUGAGUCUUUUCAGGGCCUGCAGUGGAUACAUGUGAGAGUCCAGGGGAUAUGAAAUCCCAAAAUGUUUUCCAACCCACAGGUAACAUCAGCUAACUGUAGAUGGAAUCUCCCAAUUCAGUGGAAAGACAGGAAAGGCAAUAUUAAGAAUAAAGGAGAGUGGACUUUUCUGAAAGAUACAGCUCACCGUCAGCAAGGAGAACUGAAUAUAUUCCUAACUGUGGUGACCUCACUUGGUUUCUGAAAACAGAAUAACCAUUGUUGUCCCGUGUGUUUCCGUAAGUGAAUGGUGACCGUGGGUGCAUCCAAGGACUGUAAUUCAAGAAAGACCAAACAUACAGUUGACUAGUAUUUAAGUAACUAGAGGAGAUGGUUUAGAGAUUUUGGUGGUGCUUAGCUGCCCUUCUGUUAGAAUCACAUUGGGACCUUUUUAAAAUUACGAGUCGGGAUCCACAGCUGGUGGGGUUGGCCUGAGGGAGUGUGCACAGAGAUUCUUUGUAAUCUUGCCCAGUCUUCAGGUGGAGAGAUCCUUGAAGACCAAGGUGAGAGGUUCCCAUUAAUCUCUGCAUCGCUCCUUAAGGAGCUCUAACAGAAGGCAGUGAGCGCUUUCGUUUUUUUAAGUUGGAGGUACAGAUAAUACCACCCAUUUCAAUAGUACCUAGAUUUCUAAAUUCUUUAUAUAUACUUUUUAGAAUGUAUGGAAAACGCAUAUUGUGCCACAUAGGGGCGAGAUAGCUCCCCUUGUUCCCCCAAAAUGAAGAUGAAGACCACAUUUCCUGCCUUCAGAGAACUUGGUCAAGAGGGAGAAAGAGGAAGGGUGUAUGGAGGGAGGGAAGUACUAAGGCAUCAGCAAAAAUAGCUCUUAUUUAGGUGAAACCAUUGUUAGUAAAAGAGAAGGGGGAAGGCUGGUUGGGAAUGUUUAGGGAUGUGAAGGAUGGAAGAAAGGGUGGUACAUGGUUUCUUGACAUGUCUCCAUGACAAAAAAAAACGAAAAAACAAAACAAAAAAACAAAUACUAAGCCCGUCUUAUAUCACAUACCAAUUCUUAUUGGAAAUCUUGCAAUUAAGAAAUUAUAACAUGUUUGGUUUUUGUUUAUUUUAUUCUCCAGACUUAAAUAUUACUGAACAAUGCAGUGGAUUUUAGUGAUUAUUGCUCGUAGUCCUUCUUUGUAUUAUUAUUUUGCCUUUUAACAUGUUUAUUCUUAGAGGAAUGAAAUUUACAGGCCUUUUCAUGGUUAGGGAAGUUGCAGUUCACGAGAUCACCAAUUAGAGAUGAUUCUAACCUGACGGGUCUGCUGUGCCAUUUAAAGAGUUCAGCUAACACUCCCAGCAACUGCAGAACUGUUCGUCUGUGGGCCCCGUGGCAGUGGUUUGGCCUUAUGAGAAUCACCCAGAGUUCUUGUUAACAUAGUGAUUCCUGGGAUUCUAAGUCUGUAAGUGCGUUAGGAAUGGCCUGGUCCUAACCACCUUGGCAAUGUGUACCCUGGGGAAAAAGGUUGUUAUUGGCUAGAGCUUCAUGGCUUAUCUAUCCUGGGGCUUGUCCUGGAAUCCACAUCAUUACACUCCCCUCUUAGAGCUGUUUCUACUCUAUCAUGCAAGUUCAUUUUUAAGCAUAAUGUGCAAUCAAAAAAAAAAAAAGAGUUCUUUGAUGUGCAAUAAUGCACAUUCUAACCAUUACUAAAGAUUCUCCACUACCUUAGAGGAUUGUCAGGAGGAUCCUUUGGUGUCUGUCUUGCUUCAAAAGCAAUUAGUGAGCAACUAGAGUAGAGGUGGGAAGAUAUAUCCUUAAAAUAAGUUUUAACAGGUUCCAGUGGUUAGUGUGGAUCAGCUUCCUUUUUAAUAUCUUUAGGAACUUCUGUGGAUUUUCUGUUAUCUUGCAUUUAACAAAUAACCUUGUGAAAUGAUCCAGAACAUUCUCCAACUAGAUGUUCUCUUCAUAUAGUAUUUUGAUGCUAUAAACUUUUGACCCGAUUGGUUUUAAGGUAUUGCACGAUGUUUAGACAAGAUUAGGUGUCAAACUUACCACAUUUUAUUAGUUGUCUAGUUUUAUAUGUUUUAUUUAUUUAUUUUUUUAGUUUUAUAUGUUUUAUACAGAAAUAGAUUUUCAAUUGAAAUCAAUUGUAGUACCGACAUCUUGCGAUAUUCGGAAAUAGAAAACCUUUGGACUAGGAGAGAUCUUAGCAGAUAGAUGCCCUCUUCAGUCAUUUCUGGACCACUCCCUGCAGCACUGGUGAGAUAGGCCAUCUUACACUGUCAGAAAUAGGAGUCCCUGGAA